UCGGAAACUCCACCUUCGCGUCCCCUUGCAUUCAACGGACCAGUUUGUAGAGAGAGAGAGAGUUGUAGAGAGAGAGAUGGGGGACGAGAGGGUGAAGAACGAGGCGCUGGAGAUAAUGGGAUUGUUCCAAGUGCUGCCUCGUUUGGUCGUCUUCGAUCUCGACUAUACUCUCUGGCCUUUCUACUGUGAAUGUCGCUCCAAGCGUGAAAUGCCAUCAUUGUACCCCCAUGCGAAAGGAAUAUUGUAUGCACUCAAGGACAAGGGAGUUGAUAUUGCUAUUGCCUCUAGAUCACCAACUGCAGAUAUAGCAAAGACUUUUCUUGACAAACUGGAAAUAAAAUCAAUGUUUGUGGCCCAGGAGAUUUUUUCAAGUUGGACACACAAGACAGAACAUUUCCAAAGAAUUAAUCGGAGGACUGGGAUGCCCUUCAAUUCAAUGCUCUUUUUUGAUGACGAGGACCGGAACAUUGAAUCGGUUUCAAAAAUGGGUGUAACAAGCAUAUUGGUUGGUAAUGGGGUAAAUCUUGGAGCUUUCAGGCAAGGGCUUACAGAAUUUUCUCAGAAUUCGGGAUUAUCAGGGAGAAACAGAAAGAAAUGAUUGUAUUUUUUCUAUAUUCAAUUUGCAUUACAAUCUAAGAUGUUAAAGCCCCUCCUUGUGGGGAUUAUUCUGGUUAUAUUUUUUCCCGAAAGGUAUUCUAUCUGAUAAUUCAUAUGUCAAAUUCUGGGUUUACAUGUUACAAAUAUUACCUUGUUAUUGUAGCGGUUGCAUGUGGCAAUUUCUUGAAUGGUUUUUAAUGAA